AUCAUCCUGUCGGUCUCCGCCCCGCUGCUCCAUCCACACCACACCACACACAUCCAGAAGACAACGGGAACUGAAGGAAUAAAGAGUGAUUUACCGGCGAAACAGGGAGCCAUGAAGGACCGCAUGCAAGAACUUAGACAUGGGAAGGAGACGACAGAGGAGGAGGAUGAAGUCGCUGUGGGGAUGGAGAAAGGCUUUAUGGAUGAAUUCUUUGAGCAGGUGGAAGAAAUCCGGGGUUUUAUCGAGUCUCUGGCGGAGAAAGUUGAAGAGGUGAAGAGGAAGCACAGCGCCAUCCUUGCCUCACCUAACCCCGAUGAGAAAACUAAGGCUGAGCUGGAGGAUCUCAUGGCAGACAUCAAGAAGUUGGCCAACAAAGUACGCUCCAAAUUAAAGAGUAUCCAGCACACCAUUGAGCAAGAGGAAGGGCAGAACAGGUCAUCAGCUGACCUGAGGAUACGUAAAACACAGCACUCCACGCUGUCCCGUAAGUUUGUCGAGGUGAUGUCAGAAUACAACACCACCCAGUCGGACUACAGGGAGCGCUGCAAGGGACGCAUUCAGAGACAGCUGGAGAUCACUGGGAGAAACACAACAAAUGAGGAGCUGGAGAGCAUGUUAGAGAGCGACAACCCAGCUAUCUUUACCUCAGGGAUUAUUAUGGACAACAUCACCCAGCAAGCUAUGAACGAGAUCGAGACACGGCACAAUGAGAUUAUCAAGCUGGAAAACAGUAUCCGAGAGCUUCAUGACAUGUUCAUGGAUAUGGCCAUGCUGGUGGAGAGCCAGGGUGGGUUGGUGAACAACAUUGAGCGGAGUGUGUUGGAGGCUCAGGAGUAUGUGGAGCGGGCAAAGGAGAGCAUCCCAAAAUGCAAAAAGUUCAAAAAGACCAGCAGACGGAAGGUGAUGCUGAUAGGAGGUUGUGUUGCAGUUUGUCUGACCGUCCUCAUUAUUUCCCUCGCAGUCGGACUCAGUUAAGACCAUAAGAAAUCCCCACAGAGAGGACAGGGUGUUGUGCCUCCUGUUAAGGCGAUGCACAUGACUGCCAAAGAAACACAAUACUAACUCUUCAUCUUUUAAAUUGUAUGGUGGGCCCUGUAAUGUACAGUCAGUAACUGCUCAUUAACUGGAACACUGGCUUACACUGCUGGUCUGAAGGCAGUCCAAUAUGUCUCUCUGCACUCAAAGAUUAUACAUUAACUUUUAGAUGCAUUUUAUUUAUAUAUGCUUUUUAUAAACUAUACAGUCAAGCACCUUGAGGAGCUGCUGAACUGUGCUUUGUGUCUGUUUGUGUGAUAAGUCACGUUCCUUUGUCAUGUGCAUGUUCUGCAGUCUGUUGAAGCAUGUUUUUCCACAAACACAAAGCUGCAGAUACAUACAAUCAAAAUAAGUGUAAGUGUGUGAUGAAUCAUUGAGAACUCUGGUAAUAUUCUUAGCAUCAAAGGAAUAGUUAGACAUUUGGGGAAAUAAGCUUAUUUGUUUUCUUUCCAUGUGUUAGAUGAAAAAAAUAGAUAAAAACUGAUAUGUGCAAACUUAAAGAUUAGUGAUUUUACAGGGGUUUAUGUGCUGGACUGUUUCUUGGCCUAGUGCAGUAACUAUACAAUACUCCAGGAUGUCACUGCACCUGGUCAAGAAAUAUUCCAUAUUACAUAAACGGAGUGCAUAACCCAAAAAAGGUUUUUAGCAUCCAGGUAUGCAUCUGCGUUGUGCAACCUAUGGCACAUUGCUUUAAUGUGCCAUAGGUUGCAAUUUCAAAGGGUUUACAGACAUUUGUAAUGAUGGUGCAAGGGGAAAAUGCUUUUUGGGCUUCAGGACACUUUUUUUGUUGCAGCACCUCAAGUGGCCACUUUGACAAAUUGGCAACAGGGCUGAGUGGCAGCACAGUAUCCAGCUCUCCUAUUAAAAAUCCCUGUAAAAACACAAAAUGUUUUCACAUGUUGUUUUUUUUUACACAGAUUAAAUAAGAUAUAAUGUGUUAAUUAGAGUGCUGUAGAGGUGCUGGUUGGCUGAUUUUGUUCUGUUUCUGUCCCCAACUUCAUUUUUAUCAUACAUUAGAGUGAUACUGAUCCUCUCAUCUAACUCUUGACUGAAAGGGAAUAAGUAUAUUACCCAAAGUGUCAAACUAUUUCUUAUGUAUAACUAUCUAUGAUACUGAUAGAGACCACAGAGUUUUAAGUGUUAGGCGCUGGCUGUUUAUGAACUCAAGAGGAGGAAUUCAUGAUAAACAGGUUUAGUUUGCUUUAAAGCCACUCUGUGGAUUUGUACAGAACAAAUGAAACAAUCCUAUUGAUCAUCUGUGCAGUCAGUUUAUAGACUGCUUUCAGCUUAUUUCAAGAGAUAGCUGUUGUAUUACUAUCUGCCACAUUACCCUGUCUGAUACUACCACCAGAUGUCACCAAAACUGAGGAUUCCUAUACUUUACACGCGGUGUCUUUUAUUGUGGCAUGCAUGAAUGUUGUUUAAUGUGCUAUGAACAAAAUGCAGGAACCAAAGAUUUAUGGUUUUAAAAAAGGAGGAUGUGGAAAUGCUUGUAAACCACACUCCACACUCAAACAUCAGAGGAUAUAUUAAAUACAAAAUGUUUUUCUCCAAACCGUAUUGAAUUCAUUUGCUUUUCUUCUAAACUGCAUUUUGUUCUGAUUAUUGUUAAUAUUGAUUAUUGUAAGACCUGUGUUAAGUGAAGUAUAAACUCAUAUUUCUAACAUGUCUUCUUCUGUUCCCCAUUUGCUGCCUUGGAUGACUGUUUCAUUUGUUCUUGUUAACACUAUUCAGAAGAAAAUUAUGAUUCUUAUAUGCUGUGUGGUUCUGGGAAUUGUCAUCGCUUCCAUCGUCGGAGGAACGCUGGGCUAAACCUCAGCCACACACUGACACUGAAAGACACACAGACACACACACACACACACACACACACACACACACACAACAGAGCAAAAACAGAGGAGAUACACAUUAUCAGUUUCCUGUUUUCAUGAAUGCAAUCUAUUACAUGUUUAGCACAAGGUGCAUUACCUACUGUACGAUACAUUUUAAACACAGUGUACAGGGCCAGAGGUGUUUUCGCAUGAGUUGCUAUUUUGUAAAUGUGUGGUGCUGCAAAAUGUUUAUCUGAGUGUUGAGUGUUGUCGAAGAUAUGAUGUUUUUAAAAGUGAAUUCUCGAAUGAAAAAGUUACUAAAUGCUAUGUAAUGCUAUACUAAUACAUUCCAACUUCCAAAUAUGACACUUAUUCAGUUGUAAUGUCUAUUUUGUGUUGUACAGGCAAAGUGACAGGCCACUAAUCUGCAGUGUUUUCAAAGCCACGUUAUCUAUAGACCUCUUUAUGUGUUUAUUUACUUUAUCCCUUCUAGUCUUCUAACUUCAUGUCUCUGAUGUCCUCUACCUCCCUUAAAAAGCCCUGCAUGGUUUAGUUCACUGUAAAAUGGUGUUUUGUAUUCUAUUGCAAAAGAGGAAAGAAGACAGCUGUACUGAUGUGGGAUAUUUUGCUCAUAGAAUCAUUACACUGCCAAACUUUUUCUAAAUAUCACCUCUUGUAGUUCACAGAACCAGUUCUACUGUAUUUAAUAUCAUCUGGCCUUACCAGUUGUGCAGCAUUUCUGCCCAUGGCUCCAGUGUUGAGUGUGAGUGAGUGCAUGCCUGCAUUAAGUAGAUGGGGACAAAGAAAUGUGCGUGUUCAUUUGUAGCUACAUGUUUGAACGUGCCGAGUGCGAGUCAUGGGAUGGCCAUAUGGGUACUUGUUAAUAGCCACCUGUGUCUUUGUUUUGUAUAAAGUGUAAACAUGAUAUAAAGCUCUCUAACACUGCCAGUAUGUUCAAAUAAGCUGUUAAAAUGGAGUCUAGUCUGAUAAUUCUGGUCUGUAAGUGACAAACCCUUGUUGUUUUAUGUCUUUUUAUAAACCCUGAGCUUUAAACAGAGCAUAUCCUUCUGUCGAGCUACUUCUCUCUUUAUUUUUAUGAAUGAACUUGAUGAGUCAGUGAAAGCGUCAGCAUGAACUCAAAGUAGCCCUGUGAAAGACUCUUAUAUCAGUUUUUUGGCGACACAUCAGACAUGCACAGACUGCAACCAUGUUACCAUGUUGCCUACUCAACUUAUUGCCUUGUGUUGUAUUGUGUUGACAUGGUUCUGUUUGUUUAAUCUGAGUUAUUUUUGUUUUUGUUUUGUUUUGCUUUGUUUUUUUCAAGUAAAGUUUGUCUGAAAAUUA